CCAAAAGAAAGACAUAAAAGAGCAGUAAUGGGUGUGAAGAGAUCCUCAAGAACAAUGGGCUUAGGGCAUUGCAUGGUCUAUGUUGUGGUCCUCAGUGCCAUUGCGGCUACAGUGACAUCAUACCCUUACUCAUCCCCCCAAACACCACAAUACAAUUCUCCAACCCAUGAACACAAAUCACCUUAUCCACCUAAAAAGUAUUCCCCACACUACUCAGCAUCACCGCCACCGUCACCACAAUAUAGAAGACAAGGUCCUAAGUACACGCCACAUCCAAAACCUUAUGUUUCCAGCCCCCCACCACCAUCUUACUAUUCUCCUUCUCCUAAGAUCACUUACAAAUCACCACCUUCAUCAUACGUUUAUAGCUCUCCACCCCCUCCACCUUAUUACUCUCCUUCCCCAAAGGUUGACUACAAAUCCCCACCCCCACCAUACGUCUACAACUCACCACCUCCGCCAUACUACACUCCUUCCCCAAAGGUAGACUACAAAUCCCCACCACCGCCAUACGUCUACAGCUCACCACCUCCACCAUACUACUCUCCUUCGCCAAAGGUGGACUAUAAAUCUCCACCGCUGCCAUACGUCUACAGCUCACCCCCUCCACCAUGCUACUCUCCUUCUCCUAAGGUAGACUACAAAACUCCACCCCUGCCAUACGUCUACAGCUCACCACCUCCGCCAUACUACUCUCCUUCCCCAAAGGUUCAGUACAAAUCCCCACCCCCGCCAUACGUCUACAGCUCACCACCUCCGCCAUACUACUCUCCUUCCCCAAAGGUAGACUACAAAUCCCCACCACCACCAUACGUUUAUAGCUCACCACCUCCGCCAUACUACUCUCCUUCUCCAAAGGUUGACUACAAAUCCCCACCACCACCAUACGUUUAUAGCUCACCACCUCCGCCAUACUACUCUCCUUCUCCAAAGGUUGACUACAAAUCCCCACCACCACCAUACGUCUAUAGCUCACCACCUCCUCCAUACUACUCUCCUUCCCCAAAGGUAGACUACAAAUCCCCACCACCGCCAUACGUCUACAACUCACCACCUCCACUAUACUACUCUCCUUCGCCAAAGGUGAACUACAAAUCCCCACCCCCGCCAUACGUCUACAGCUCACCACCUCCGCCAUACUACUCUCCUUCCCCAAAAGUUGACUACAAAUCUCCACCCCCGCCAUACGUCUACAGAUCACCACCUCCGCCAUACUACUCUCCUUCCCCAAAGGUUGAGUACAAAUCUCCACCCCCACCAUACGUUUACAGCUCACCACCUCCAACAUACUACACUCCUUCCCCAAAGGUAGACUACAAAUCUCCACCACCACCAUACGUCUAUAGUUCACCACCUCCGCCAUACUACUCUCCUUCUCCAAAGGUUGAGUACAAAUCACCACCCCCGCCAUACAUCUACAGCUCACCACCUCCGCCAUACUACACUCCUUCCCCAAAGGUAGACUACAAAUCCCCACCACCACCAUACGUCUAUAGCUCACCACCUCCGCCAUACUACUCUCCUUCUCCAAAGGUUGACUACAAAUCCCCACCACCGCCAUACGUCUAUAGCUCACCGCCUCCGCCAUACUACUCUCCUUCUCCAAAAGUGGACUACAAAUCCCCACCACCGCCAUACGUAUAUAGCUCACCACCUCCUCCAUACUACUUUCCUUCCCCAAAGGUAGACUACAAAUCCCCACCACCGCCAUAUGUCUAUAGCUCACCACCUCCACCAUAUUACUUUCCUUCUCCAAAGGUUGACUAUAAAUCUCCACCACCGCCAUACGUCUAUAGCUCACCACCUCCACCAUACUACUCUCCCUCUCCAAAAGUGACAUAUAAAUCUCCUCCACCCCCAUCUGCCUACAAGACACCCUACUAUUGAUUUUGAAUUGUUUCAUUAACAAGAAACAUGAUUGAAGUCAUUCUUUUAACAUGAUUUUUUGUUUUCUUUGAGUCUUCUUAUUUUGUUCCUAUGUCCAACUAUCUCUUGUUAAACUUUUCUAUUUUAUUAAUAAAAAUUCGUUCUUUCUAAAUGCACUUCUUGUAUGUUAUUUGUUCGAAUUAGUGUUAAAAUUUCUAAUACAUUGAUUUUACUAUCUAAUGGAUUAAAAAUAUUUGGGUUA